GAAAUGGAUGAAUGGAGGGAACGCAACCCGGAAGCUGUAGCGGAAGUUUAGUGACGUCACCAUACCAAUUCACUAUAAAGCUGGAAACAGAGCAUCUUUGAACGUUAAACUUGCCGGGACAGUGAGCGGACGCGUUGAGGAAAACUUCCAUCUUUGUGUUGUUUAAGCUAGCAACCUUACCCGAAUUUCCCACUCGUUAUCUGGCGAUAAUUGCGACGGACAUGGAGAAGAGCGGAGUUCCGGGCACUUUAAUGUUGCGUUCAAGUGCAGUUGGAGAAAGCGCCGUGCCGGUUGUCGCGACUGGAGCCGUUAACCGCAGCAUCCCGCAAAAACAGCGACCUGUCGGACUGAAAGUGAUGCUCCAGGGCGACUCACAACAUGGAAGUCAUCUCCCCGACAGCGGUGAUGCAUCCCGAAUCCUGUUGUGUCCUCCGGAGCUCCACACCCCCGGGAUGGACGACGACCUGGAAGGCGACACAAGGCGCCUCAUCGGCCGUUGUCUCACCGACUUUACCGGGCUGUCCACGGCUGAGUGGAUGCAAAGUAAAGCUCAGUCCACGAUGCAGAAGGUCGUGGUGGAGUUGGUGGACAUGCACAGGUUUAAAUUCAAUGGCAUCAUCAAGCAACUGUCAUUGGAGCAAAAAGGGGACAACAUGGCCUUCAUUCAGGACGUGGCCCAGAGUCUGUUUGCUGACGGAACCACCAACUGGGGUCGCGUUGCCACACUGGUGGCCUUUGGCGCCGUGGUGUCCCUGUACCUGAAGAACAACGGGCGAGGCUCCUGCGUGGAGAAGGUGGCACGGGAGAUCUCCAAGUAUCUUCUGUCACACCAUCGCACGUGGCUGGUGGUGCACAACUCUUGGGAUGGUUUUGUGGAGUUCUUUGAGAAAACUGACCCUCAGACCACAGCGAGGAACGCCCUCCUGGCCUUGGUUGGACUGUCCAGUGUCAUGGCCGCCGGGAUCGCCUUUUUAUUCCGAUAAAUUACAUAGACACUUUUAUUAUACACUGGAAAAGUUAUUUUUUUUAUGUGUUAAAGAAACAGCCUUUUUGAUGGUGCUAAAUAUUUAAUAACUAUUUUUGAAAAAAAGUAUUGUUAAAAGAUUGUUCUGUAAAUAUGUUCAUAAACUGUUUAAAAUCUUGUU